GGUCUCCUUAUCCCCAUUUUUCUCUCUGUGCUGUACUACAGUGGAGUACCACGACUGUGUAUGUGACAGCUUAGCUAACUCAAUGAUUAAAAUCUCGCCAGAUCCCUCCUGCGUUAUCAAUCCACUGAGAAGUAAGCGAACGAGAUCGCCUGGGCCGGCUCGUCGGAGAAGGCUCACACGCGACGCGCGCCAUGGCAGCUGCAACCGCAGCUGAUGUUGCCGAGGAUACGGCCAGUGUGUACUCCGGCAAGCUUACCCUCUACGUCUUCCUCACCUGCGGCGUCGCGGCGACCGGCGGCCUCAUCAUCGGCUAUGACAUCGGCAUCUCUGGUGGUGUGACAUCGAUGGACACGUUCCUGGGGAAGUUCUUCCCGUCGGUUCUCCACCAAGAACAGACGGCGCAGGGCACAAGCCAGUACUGCAAGUUCAACAGCCAGCCGCUGACCGCGUUCACCUCGUCGCUGUACCUCGCGGCGCUCGUGGCCUCCUUCUUCGUCGCGUCCUUCACGCGCGCGCUGGGCAGGAAGUGGUCCAUGUUCGGCGGCGGCGUCUCCUUCCUCGCCGGUGCCACCCUCAACGGCGCCGCGCGGAACGUCGCCAUGCUCAUCGUCGGCCGCAUCCUCCUCGGCAUCGGCGUCGCCUUCUGUGGUCUGUCCACUCCGAUAUACUUGUCUGAGAUGGCGCCACCGCGGCUGCGUGGCAUGCUCAACAUCGGCCUCCAGCUGAUGAUCACCGUGGGCAUCUUCUCCGCCAAUCUCGUCAACUACGGUGCGGCCAAGAUCAGGGGUGGCUGGGGGUGGCGUGUCAGCCUCGGCCUCGCUGCCGCCCCGGCAUGCGUCAUCGCCGUGGGCUCGCUCUUCCUCCCGGACUCACCGAGCUCCCUCAUCAACCGUGGCCGCCACGAGCAGGCGCGGCGGGUGCUGCGGCGCAUCCGUGGCACCGACGAGGUGGACGACGAGUACGGCGACCUCGUCGCAGCAGCCAGCGAGAUCGAGGUGUAUUCCGGCUGCUCCGCGAGACGACGGCCGUGGCGCGACGUCCUGCAGCGCAGGUACCGGCCGCAGCUCGCCAUGGCCGUCCUCAUCCCCUUCUUCCAGCAGCUCACCGGCAUCAACGUCAUCAUGUUCUACGCGCCCGUGCUGUUCAAGACCAUCGGCCUCGGAGGAGACGCGUCGCUCAUGUCGGCGGUCAUCACCGGGCUGGUCAAUAUCGUUGCCACGUUCGUGUCCAUCGCCACCGUCGACAGCCUUGGCCGACGCAAGCUCUUGUUCCAGGGAGGCUGCCAGAUGCUUGUGAGCCAGGUUAUCAUUGGAACGCUGAUCGGUGUGGUGUUUGGUACGAGUGGCGAUGGCAACAUCUCGAGGGCGUUGGCGGUCUGCAUCGUGGUGUUCAUCUGCGUCUACGUCGCCGGCUUCGCUUGGUCGUGGGGCCCGCUUGGCGUCCUCCUGCCGAGCGAGAUCUUCCCGCUGGAGGUCCGGCCGGCGGGGCAGAGCAUCAGCGUGGCCGUGAACAUGCUCUGCACGUUCGCCGUCGCGGAGGCCUUCCUCCCGAUGCUCUGCCACAUGAGGUUCGGCCUCUUCUACUUCUUUAGCGGAUGGGUGCUCGUGAUGACGCUCUUCGUCUCGGCCUUCCUGCCUGAGACCAAGGGCGUGCCGAUCGAGAAGAUGACCGUCGUGUGGAGAACGCACUGGUUUUGGGGUAGAUUUUACUGUAACCAGGAUGCAGAUGCACACGUUCAAGUGGCAAACAGCAAAGUUUGAAAUGCACAAUGCCACUGCUGUCUGAUUUUAUACAGAUGUAGCAAAUGUGAGAUGCGUAUUUUGGGACUGGUUAAUUUGCUGCUGAUAUCCAGCAUGCGCAUCUCGAAGUAGCGCGGAGCAAAGUUCAAAUAUCCA